ACUAUCGUUUGUUUUAGUGUAUUGUUUCAUAGAUAAAAUGUCAAUUACGGAGAAAUAAAUCUCGAAAGUUGGAUGAUAUUGACGACAUGAACAAUAGGAGACGGAAGCUAGUGCAUACAUUCUCGUUGAAAUCAAUUAUCUGUGGCGCAACCCUCUUCGAAUCAAUACGACUUUGAAACGAUAUAUAUGACUACGACUGCUAUAUACGAGAACCUUAACUCGCGUGUUCGCUAGUGUACAGUAUUCUAACUUUAGAAACGACCUAUCCAAGUGUAUCACCACUACAUUAAUCUCAAAACCUGACCUAAAAUUAAUACGGUACAACAAACUUAAGUGUGAAACUACUUCUAAAUGGCAGCUGCUAUAACGCAUUUAAUGUGACAACUGUGCUAUAUUCGUUAUAAUAUCGAUAAGAAUCUAGUAUGCAUUCUAUACAGUUGCUGUCAGGAUAUGAUAUGCCUACAGUAGGACUGGGAACGUGGCAGGCUAAACCAGAAGAGAUUGAAACUGUUGUGAGCACUGCCUUAGAAUGUGGUUAUAGACAUAUUGAUACAGCAGCAAAUUAUAAUAAUGAGGAUGCGAUCGGCAGAGCUUUGAAGAAAUGGUUUGAUAAAGGUGGUACUAGAGAAGAACUUUUUAUUACAACAAAGUUACCCAAUUUUGGCAAUCGACCAUCUGAUGUAGAAAAGUUCAUUAAAUUAUCGUUAAAAAAGCUUGGAUUGGAUUAUGUAGACAUGUACCUUGUUCACAUGCCCUUCGCAUUUAAGUUAGAUCAAAAUACAUACACUGCAGCAACAAACGAGGAUGGAAAUUACAUACUCGAUUUUGACACAGAUCCUGUCUCAGUGUGGAAAGAGAUGGAGAAGCAAGUUGAAUCAGGACGCACUAAAUCUAUAGGUUUAAGCAACUUUAACGAAGAGCAAAUCUCGACCAUUUGGAAAAACGCACAAAUUAAGCCAAGUAAUUUACAGAUAGAGUUACAUGCAUAUAUGCAGCAAACACCAAUUCGAGAAUUGUGCAAGAAGUACAAUAUCGUUGUAACAGGUUACAGUCCAUUAGGCUCUCCAGCUGCAAAGACACAUUUUCAAGCAAAGUAUAAUUAUACUUCAAAUACAUUUCCUGACUUGCUAAAUCACCCGAUUGUUCAAAAGAUUGCUGCAGAGCAUAAAAAAACGACAGCACAAGUUUUAUUGCGUCAUUUACUACAACCAGGUGUUGUAAUUAUUCCUAAGAGUUCGUCCCCGGAAAGAGUCAAGUCAAAUAUCGAUUUAUUCGAUUUUUCCUUAACAGAGGAAAACAUGAAAGUUUUGAAUACCUUAGAUAAAGGUACUAAUGGACGAAUUUUUAAUUUCUUAUUUUUUAAAGGAAUUGAACAUCAUCCACAUUAUCCGUUUAAAAAUGAACUUCCUUAAUCAUAAAUUAACAUCCAAGUCAUUAGUUUGUAUAAAAAUAGUUGAGAAAGAAAUACAUAACAUACCAAACGAGCACGAUACGUUAAAUGUAGUUCUGU